UUGAUUUGUGACAUCAGUUGAAAUCCCUCCCUCAUCCGCCUCAAAAUGUUUUAUUGUUUAGGCGUUACAUUGUUGUUUUCAUUCGUAAGAAGUGCUGUGUUAAACGGUACAUGUCCAUUUGUUGUACCAAGAGAGUUGGAUUUGAAAGAAUUGGAUGGUAAAUGGUAUAUAGCCGCUGUGGUCAGUGAUAUGCAGAUUCAAGGGGACUGUGCAAUGAUCUUGUUCAACCAUAAGAGUGAUAACACCACAGAUGUGUCAAUCAGUUGGAUCUCAAACAACACCAUUAGCUAUUACAACGGGUCUGUUGAACUGACUGUUGAUAGUAAUACAACUGGAGAUUUGCUAAUGGUUACUUAUACAGAUCAGAGAACAGAAACAUUCUCUUUCUUGGAUGUGGAGUAUGAACAUUACGCAGUAUUAUUUGCCUGCAAUAAUAAUGAAGAUGGCACAAGCAGUACUUAUGAACUAUGGAAACUCACAAGAACACCACAUAUAAAAGACGACGAUGCGCUGAAAUUGGAUCAAGCUGUAGCCAAUUAUAGUCUUCAAGACGCACCUUUCAUACAUUUCAAUAACACAGAGAACACUUGUAAAAUCAGCGCAGGGACGUAUUUGAAUCCAUCAUCAUUUAUAUUAGCAUCUGCAGCUGCUGUUACCUUAUUUCGAAGGCUUUACUAAUUCACAGCAAUUAACACAUCUUAGAAAUCUAUCGUGAUAGAAUUAGAAAAAAAAGUGAUGUUUGU